AUGUCAAGAGUCGAGGCGUUUAGGGACACAAACCUCCGCUCGCUGCUGAGGGAGCUGCGAACUGACAUCGCUAUGGCUGUGGAUGACCCUUUCCCCCUGGUCUAUGGUUUGGCGGAUAAAAACAUCAUCACAGAGCAACUGCUGAAGGAGACUCUGGAGAAAGAGGCUAGAGAAGGCAUCCACAAGGCCAUGUACUCCCUCCUGUCCUGGGUGUUGGAGCAGAGCAGAUCCACUGUCCAGGCCUUCUUGAACAACUUAUCCAAAGACUAUAAUCUGGACAGCUACCCCAGGCUGCAGACCCUGCUCACUAACCUGGAUUCCCGAAGGGAGACUGCAGGUUCCAAACAUGAAAACAGACCAUCUGGAGGUCACAAACCUCCUCACAGUAAGAAGAGGAGCCAUGCGGAUCGAGAAUCGAGCUCCCAGCGGUCACAGUAUCACGCCAAGACAACCGAUGGAGGAGGAAGUAAAGUGAAGCUCUACAGAGUGAAGAGUGAAGCUCCUGGCUCCAAGCUGCCAUCUGAAAACAGUGUGCAAGUACUGUCUUCCACAAUCCAGAGAGGAGUCCACCUGCCCUCUUCAUCCUCCUCCUUCUCGGCUCCCUCCACGGAUCCCCCAGUCAGCCAUGAUAACCAAGAAAAGGUCCAUGUUAUGCAGGCAUAUUGUUUGGAAGGGGCCACCAGAGAGUCCACUAAAGCUGGUGGGGGUCCGUCAGAGGAGACAAACGCGUCAAAGUCCAAGUCUGCUAAGAGCACAUUUCACCACCAGGGGGAGACAGCCACAAGCAUGAUUCAUUACAAUGAUGAUGAGUGUACAGUGUGUAGGGAUGGAGGGGAGCUGAUCUGCUGUGACGGGUGCCCUCGAGCUUUUCAUCUGGCCUGCCUUGACCCUCCACUCUCGUCCAUACCAAGUGGCUCUUGGCAGUGUGAGUGGUGCCGUGGACACAGGGUGAAAAAAGAGAAAGCACAGCUACCCUUACAAGCACUCUCAGCUCAGCCUCAGCAAACAAACACAAACUGCAGUAACUCCAUCACCGAUGUCUCAUUCUACUCAUCGCUGUCAUCCUCCCUCACAAGCGUCACGGCGACGAUGAGUGCGUCAGGUGGCAGAAACCAGUGCUCAGGUGGAGAGCUGGUCGGCGUGAGGGAGGUGUGCGGUGUUUGCCACCUCGGAGGAGGAGAUUUGACCCACUGCUUUCAGUGUCUGAAGCAUUUCCAUGUAAACUGCCACUUUUCCAAAGGGAGGUCCAUCUGCCUGUCCUGCUCCAGACUGUGGGGCAGCUCUGCUGAGAAAGAGGCUGAAUCCAGAGGCGGGCAGCUUGCCCCGCUGGUUCAAAACACACUUAGUCAUGAUCAAAGCGCCUCCCUCUCUGAGCCCAUCCUCCAUAAAGAUGAACUGGACUCCAUCCUGGGAGACCAGAGCUCCAUUGAUGGCAUCUUACAGUGGGCUUUCCAUAACAUGUCUCGUCCUCUUCCAGGCUCUCAGGGAUGCUAUCAGUGACAGAGAACCAGGAAUGCAAC